AUGCGGCUCUAUAUUGUGAGCGUCCUCACUGUACUGCUGGCCUUGAUCUUUCCAUCAGCCAUGCCCGAAAUUGUAAGAGCAUUCACUAAAUGUAGAGAGUUUUUCUACAAAGAACAGCCUCCGGUGAUUCCUGGCAUCCUGGAUUCACGCUCUCUGGAAAAUAAUUACAAAGAAAUCUGUCAAAAAUAUCGGAAUGUGUACAGAUUUGCAACAUUCUAUGACACAGCAAACAGGAUUCCUAUUUUCUCGGCUUACAAAUAUACUGGGCAAAGUACAUCAUGGUUCAGAAGACCAAGGAUUCCAUGGAUGGUUGAGUCUCAGCUCGAUCCUCCUGUUGAUGACAUGACUGUGCCAUAUGCAAAUCAGGCAAUCAGCGAAGACUACUUCAAUAUCCGUGAAAGAGUGAAUCGCGGUCACUUGUUUCCCUGCAGCUAUGCACCUGACAAUCUCACUGCUGAAUCUACAUUCACACUGACCAACAUUGUGCCACAGAAGAUCAGCUUUAAUUCCGGCAGUUGGAAUCGCAUGGAAAAUGAGAUUAAUGAGACCAUGAAUAAGUAUUGCUAUGAUGAUAAUGAUAAUAAUAGAGUUUUAGCCUAUAUGCUGACUGGAGCGAUACCUGGUGAUACUAAACUGAAUGAGAGAGUGAACAUUCCCUCUUACAUGUGGAUGGCAUUUUGCUGCUACAACAGAACAGGAAACUCAUGGCUCUCACAAGCUUAUUGGGCCCAAAAUGUUGGAGAACACAUCAAUAAAGGCAAAACUAUCAGUAAAAAGAGCCUGCAGGACUUACAGGAAUUUCUGAGUCAAACAUGGAAGAAAAAAGAUUAG